UAUUCAACUUAGUGUCAAAGCAGUAGAUAUAUAUCUGUUUAAUAUACAAAUAAUAGAGAAACAACGUGUUUCCGGCGUUUCUAGGAAGAAAUCAGAGCUCCAACCCGUUUGCAUGAGAAAAGUGGAUGCCGGUCGUACCUUCUGUACGUUUGAAUGAAUGUUAGUGUUUCGGAGAACUUCGCGCGAGGAUCCGGAAAAAAAUGGUCAUCGCUGAUGGAGGCUAGAGCUUUUGAGUAUUUAGCCGCCAAAGACUGGCUGAAAGCUAUCGAGAUUUUAAAUGAACUGCUCGCAUUGAAAUACCUGAACAAAUCGCAGAUCAUCACGUUCCUCUUCGCGAGGACGGACUGUUUCAGGGGCUUGGGCCACAAUGAGGCAGUGAUCACAGACUGCCGAAGACUCUUGCAGUACAUUGAUAAUGGAGAUCUGCAGGGUGGUUCAAAGACUCGAGUCAGGUUGAUCAUUGCUCUCAUGUAUUCACAGAGAUUUGCAGAAGCUGAAUUGGCUAUACAAGAAUGGGUGUCUUUUCAUAUUGGACCCAAUCAGAAGGAGGCCUCUAAGUUCUUGGAGCAUCUGCACAAUGAAAUUCAGGUCAAUGGCUGUAAUUCCAUUGAGUCUGAGCUUGCUGCUUAUGAGCAGAAACUGAAGACAUUUCGCAUGGACAAAACUGAUCAGUCUGGGUUUGUGUGCACGUAUUGCAGUUUGAUGUUUAAAGAUAAGGCAGAUCUGCGGGCGCAUUGUCAAACGGACAUUCAUCAGAGGAUCAUUAUGUCGGACGAGGGGCGGGAUUGGAAGUGGAGGCCUCCGCCCCGAGGAUCCUCGAUGGAAACCUAUAGACUUUGCGAUUCCUUCUCGGAGACCGGUCAAUGUCGCUACGGUCUCCAAUGCGUGGAGGCUCAUGGAACGGACGAGCUGCACGAAUGGCGCGAAAGGAUGAACUAUAGAAGGAUGAGAUUGCAGCGAGCUUAUGAAACUGAAAUGUAUGGUAAAUCUUACACGGAAGAGUUCAUCGAGAAGCUGAUUCAGACGACGGCGCCGGAUAAGGUAAUGCGCGACAGUAUACCGGAGGUGAACGACUUGUGCUCCAGUAAACUGUCCAUAUCGAUAUCAGCAAAGAACGUGAAUCAUGUCUGGAUGUUCAAAUUGGUUGCUAACAAUUGCGACCUAAAAGCAACAGCACUUCUGAUGGACGCGCACCGGACGUACUUCCGUAUUAUCCGGCUGCAGUACGCCGUCGGCGACGACUGGAAGGACAUUGAUAUAUUGCCGAACGGACAGGAAUGGAUCCUGAAAUCGGAGAACAGGCCUUUCGGGGAAUCUCCCACGUACAGAGUAGCCGUGGCAUUCUGCGCCGAUAUCUACGGCACGUUCAGGCAAAGCAUAGUCUUCGAUUUUGGUACGCAGCCGGUCCUUGUGAAGCAUUUGUGCGUUGAUGUAAUACCUCUAACAGACAUGGAAAAGAUCAACGAGAUUAGAAAAGAAGUGCUUCUGUCCAGCAGCGAAAGGUGGAACAGCGCGAAUUCAGAUAUAGUGAACUUCUCGUCAGAAUUGGUGGCGUUGGUGCCUUCGUACGGGAACACCGAAUGCGAAUGGGCCAAAACACUGGCCUCUUCCUAUCCGUGCCCGCAGUCGGACACUUUCGUGUUUUCUCAGGCUACCAUCAUGGAGAAGAGACUGACCCAGAACAAUUAUCGGUCCAGAAUGCACGAGUUGCUCUACGUGGAAGAGAUGGCACGAUACGAGCAUAUAGCUAGAUACAAUGUGAACACGAAGUUGAUGAUCAUCCAUAGCUAUCUACUUUGUCCAAACAGCACUGCCAGCAGUACAGCCAAGUAUUCGAGUUGCGGCGAACUCUUCGCACUGAUGCACCUAGGAAAGGACUUGUCGGAGGAUACUUCAGCCGGCAGAUUAAUACUCAACAAUUGCACCACGAUACUAUUAUCGCCUGAUCCGCCGGACGCCCAAGGCAAAGUCUACGAGGCUUUAAUCGAGGAUAAAGGAAAGACAAUGAUAUACUUGAGAUUAUCUGCGAAGAUGGUGUCCGCGCUCGGCCUGGAGGCCGACCAAGACGUCAAGUUCAACGUGCAGUUUCAACUCAACCGAAUACCGUACUGCGAGUGGCAUUAUGCCAUAGAUAAGAUUCCUGAUUUCAAGCUCAUCUUUCCGGACACCUACCUGGAACCGAACAUACCGUGGACUCCGUCCCGUCAAUGGUCCAGCACGCUGGACCCUCGUCUGAAUCUCAAACAGAAAGAGGCGAUUGUCGCCAUCACUACACCGCUGUGUGUUCAUCUGCCACCAGUAUUAAUCAUCGGGCCCUUCGGCACCGGGAAAACGUUCACAUUAGCGCAAGCGAUCAAACAACUUGUAUCCGAUCCCGAGAACAGAAUCCUCAUCUGCACGCAAAGUAACAGCGCCGCCGAUUUGUACAUAAAAGACUAUCUCCAUCCGUACGUUGAAUCUGGACACGAGGAGGCGAGACCUCUCAGAAUUUACUACCACAAGAGAUGGGUUGCUACAGUCAAUCAAGUUGUUCAAAAGUAUUGCAUGAUUGAUUCGUCGCCGAGCGGUCGAAGUUUCCGUAUGCCAACGCUCGAGGACAUCCUGAAAUAUCGAAUCGUGGUUGUAACAUUAUCAAUAUCGAUGUAUUUGGCGACGAUGGAAUUGCAGCGCGGUUUCUUCACGCAUAUAUUCCUGGACGAGGCCGCACAGGCUAUGGAAUGCGAGGCAAUUAUGCCACUGGCUUUGGCCAACCACAAUACCAGGAUCGUACUUGCCGGUGAUCACAUGCAACUGAGUCCUGAACUGUUCUCGCACAUCGCCAAAGAUCGAAAAUUGCACGUGAGUCUGCUCGAAAGACUAUACGAUCAUUACCCAUCCGGGUUUCCAUGCAAGAUUCUGCUGUCAGAGAAUUAUAGGGCGCACGAGGCCAUCAUCAAUUUCACUUCGGAAUCGUUCUAUGACCAGAAGUUGAUUUCCAGUGGAAAGCAACCCAGACACGAAGUUUAUUAUCCCUUGACAUUUUUCACUACCCGUGGUGAGGACGUGCAGGAUAUCAAUUCCACGGCAUUCUACAAUAAUUCUGAGGUAUAUGAAAUAGUUGAAAGGGUGUACGAAUUGAAGAAGCAGUGGCCGUCCGCGUGGGGAAAAUUCGAUGAUCAAUCGAUUGGUAUAAUGACGCCCUACUCUGAUCAGGUCUUGAGAAUAAGAUCGGAGCUGCGUAAGCGACAGUUGUUCGGCAUAUCGGUGGAGCGAGUGCUGAACGUGCAAGGCAAGCAGUUCAGAGCAAUUUUCUUGUCAACCGUUCGAACGAGGAGGACUUGCAAAAACGGCGACGACUCUGACUUUGGUUUCCUAUCCAACUCAAAGUUACUAAACACUGCCAUAACCAGAGCUCAAAGCUUGGUCGCCGUCGUCGGCGAUCCGGUAGCUCUUUGCUCAAUAGGUAAAUGUAGUAAGGUUUGGGAGAGGUUUCUGCAAAUCUGCGAGGAGAACAAGAGUCUCUUCGGUAUCACUUGGUUGUCGCUGAGGAAUCACUUGGACGGAGUGGAGCUGAAGAAGACGUACGUUUUGAAUCCGCUGGCGCCGGAGUUUAUCCCCCGUAAAUUCAAGGAGAACUACGUCAGGGCUCAGCUGAUACCCGAAAUCAAUCUGCUGAUCCCGCCACCGUUCAGGAUACCAAUAAUUGCUCCAAAUUUCAUACAAUUCCGACCGGCAAUCCCGUGGGCUUUUGCGCCACCUCGUCAAUUCCGACCUGUCAUGCCGCAGAAACCCCCGGAAGACAUCGCCAACGUACAGUUUGCCAACAGUGUGCAGCAACAGGUUCCAGAGAGUAAACCGCUGCCGCUGCCGCCGCAGCCGCAACAGCCCAUCAAUCCUCUCAGGGAUUAUAUGAGUCUACUGCCACCCAAUACGACGCUUGCCGAUAUGAUUUUGAAUCCGUACAACCAGCAACGUUGGUACUUCUACUUGCUGGAGACCAAAGGGCUGGACGCUGCAAAGAAGUUCGAAUAUCUCAUACAGACGACCACCAACAAGGACAUUGUGAAGACUCCACCUAUAGCAGUCUCCACCGUCCCUGCCGCCGCAGCUGCAGUUCCUCAGAUCCAACCUAUCCAAGCGCAAGCACCACCCGCUCCAUCUGUUACUCUUCCGCCUCCCGGCUUCAACUUGCCCCUACCUCUGUACAAACGCCAAAGUGUUAAAGAAUCCACCAACAACGUCUUGCACCAUCAACUGGAAGGGCAGCCGCUCCUAAUGACUGAUCGACACAUACAAUCACAUCAUCCUCCACCCCAUUCACCUUCACGCAUUUUGCAACAAUUUCACCAUCAGCAACAGCCGCCGCCGCCGCAACAACAACAACAAAUGCCACAAGCAAAACCACCGCCUGCUCACUGGCAACAACAGCAACAGCAGCAGCAGUUGAACGUGGAAUUCGCGAAUCUGAAUCUGCAGGCGAACGCGAACGGCGCCGCCAGCGAAUGCCCCGACGAGGUGCUGAAACGUAACAGUUACGCGAGUGUGGUGAGAAUGCAGAAACCUUUCGACGAUCAGGAUGGCAAAUUGGUAAACGGUGUUAACAGUUGUGAGAAUGUGGGCCAGGUGCCCAGACUCUAUCAGUACUUCUAAACCCCACGACCCAAGUGACCAUCACGGUUAUAUUUUAAUAUAUCUGUACAUUAGAGUGGCGUGCAUGUUAUUAUUUUUUUUUUACAUAUGUAAAAUGUAUAAAUAGAAGAUGACAAGACAAGACAAGAAAAUGGGAAAAGCAGACACACACGCAAAAAAAAAAGUAUAAAAUGUAUGUAAUAGCUACUAUAGAGAAAAAAAAAGGAUCAAGAAAAGAGAA